AUGGACUACCACCGGGUUAGAGCAGAGGACGCAGAGAUCACCAAAAUCUUGCAGAGUCAGGCUAUGUCCACACUGCUGUCAGGUGUCCGUGCCGUUACUGUUACCAUCCCCCAAAGUCAGUAUGAGUAUGCCAGAGGGGACAACAUCACACUGCCCUGCUCCUUUACAACUACAACUCCCAUAAGCUCCCAGACAUUAGUCGUCAUCACCUGGUCUGUUUUUAGUCAGCAAACACCCAUUGAAGAGACCCCGAUCGCCACCUACUAUCAUGGUCCUUCCCCAACUACAGACAUAGACACUGACUAUGAAAGUCGGGUGUCCCUGGAUGUAGAUGUCACUCAGAGCAAGGCUAACCUGAAGCUUUCCUCCAUCUCACUAGCUGACAAUAGAAAUUUUGAGUGUCGUGUGCAGAUCCCAGGUGACAAGAAGGGCAAACCAUCUGCCACCACAAACUUGGUGGUUCUAGUGGCUCCCUCUACACCCGCCUGUAAGAUCCAGGGAACAGCACAGUAUGGCCAGGAUAUCACCUUAACCUGUGCGUCUGCAGAAGGAUCUCCAACGCCCACUUAUAGCUGGAAACGUUUUAACGUGCAGAAUCAGUCUGUCCCUCAAGAGCCCAAAACCACUGACAAGGAUGGCAUCCUGUCUCUGUAUAAUAUCUCCAAAGAUACAUCAGGAUACUACAUUUGCACCUCACAGAACAAGAUCCGCGCUGCUACCUGCAACCUCACCCUCUCAGUCAUGCCACCAUCCAUGAACAUUGCUUCCACUGCAGGAAUAAUUGGUGGAGUUGCUGCUGCCUUGGUUAUACUCAUCAUCGUCAUCUGUUGCUGCUGUUGCCGAAAGAAGAACAAAGAUGAGGAAUACGCCAUGGGAGUUCGUGAGGGGGAGGAGUACCACGACAAGGAGCCGGAUAGGAAUGGUGAGGGUCGACGUGUUGAAGGGCAGGGGAAGGACAGUUAUGAGGACUCCAGUGUCAAGAGGACUGAACGCACUGAGGAAAAGAGUGAGCCAGAUCGCCGCGAUUACGACGACCGCCGCAGCGAUUACGACGACCGCCGCAGCGACUACGACGACCGCCGCAGCGAUUAUGACGACCGCCGCAGCGACUACAAUGAUCGACGCAGCGACUACAAUGAUCGACGGCGCGACCUCGACGAUCGACGCAGCGACUAUGACGAUCGACGCCGCGACUAUGACGACCGGCGCAGCGACUACGACGAUCGGCGCAGCGACUACAGUGACCGCCGCGAGCGCUACGAUGACGAUCGCCGUUACCAAGAUCGUCGCCGUGAUGACAACCGCUAUGAUGAUCGUGACCGUGAUAGACCACCGGUGCCCAACAGUAAGCCCCCAAGGAGGGACUACGAUGACUAA